CCGCUGGUGAGGGGGAGCAGGUUCCUGGUUACUCAGGACUGGGAGGAGGAGGCAGAGACUGCUUCUCGGGAUCAUUUUUUUUUCUUCCCUCUUCAGUGGUUUCGGGGCCCUUUUCCGUCGCUGCACACAUACAUGGGGUGAUCGGUGGGAGUUCUCUUCAUUUUAAAGCGCUAGGAGAUUGUGAGCAAUCCUGAGACACAAUGGGGAGAAACUGGCACUACGUUGAUGAAGGAGAGGGACAGCGAGACAAAGAAAGACAGAUUCAGAAACAACAGCAAUAUCUGUCAAUGAAUAAUCGGAAGGAUGACAUGGAGAUCACUUCCCAUUAUCGCCACUUACUGCAGGAGUUGAAUGAACAGCGACAACAUGGCAUCUUGUGUGAUGUCUGCAUCAUUGUAGAGGGGAAAAUAUUCAAAGCACAUAAAAAUGUCUUGCUUGGUAGUAGUCGCUACUUCAAAACCUUGUACUGUCAAGUGCAGAAGAUGUCCUCAGACCAGGCCACAGUGACUCAUUUGGACAUUGUCACAGCGCAAGGUUUCAAAGUAAUCAUUGAUUUUAUGUAUUCAGCACACCUUGCACUGACUAGCAAGAAUGUCAUUGAAGUGAUGUCAGCUGCAAGCUAUUUGCAGAUGACAGACAUAGUUCAGGCAUGUCACAGUUUUAUCAAGGCAGCUUUAGAUAUCAGUAUAAAGACUGAGCCAUCAGAGGAUAUAAUGGAGUAUGAUAUGGGAGCUCCCUCAAGCAGCAGCAUUGAUAUUGUGACACCAGUAGCAGUGGGCAGGAGUAGUUCUCCCUGGUUGGAAAGGCGACGAACAAGCCCUGCAAAUUCUUCUGGCGAUUCGGCGAUUGCAAGCUGUCAUGAUGGUGGGAGCAGCUAUAGUAAAGAAGAACAUGAGCAGAAAACUGACAGUCAUGAUGACAUCUCAUCGCAGUCUCUCUGGUCCAGUGAUGUUGGUUACAAUUCAUUUAGAGUCAAGGAGGAACAGAUAUCUCCUUCCCAUUAUGGAGGUGUUGAACUGAGAGAAUCUCAUCUUGGCAAGGGCAGCACUUCACAGAACACCUUUUCUGAUCCGGUCCCUGAGGUGUGGCAGCUGCCUGGCCGAAAAAAGAAUCGUAAAAAUAAGCAAACAGUGCGCCAUAUUACACAGCAUGUUGAAGUCGACAGUAGAGCCAGCUCUCCAGUGCCAUCGAUGCUUACUGUUACAGGGUGGCCAUAUAACAGCCGGGAUGGAUCAGGUGUGGAUGUCACUGAACCAAGUAGUUCAGAUAAUCGAGGAGACAGACCCGAUUUCUGUCCGAAUCCAGAGGAGCCACUAACUGGCGUAGAAUCAAAUUACCUUUCUCAGUUUGUUGCCUCCGUAAAAGAAGAACAGCAGGCAUCUACAGUGGCCAACUUGAGAGCUGCACUUCUGAGCAAGCAUAACUUCUUAUCUGUCAAGUCUGAUCAACCAGGAGAUGAUAAUCCUAUUAUUUUUGAAUACUUGCCUAAAGUUAACGAAUUUACCGUGAUACGAAAGAAGUUCAAAUGUCCGUACUGCAGCUUCUCUGCUAUGCAUCAGUGUAUCCUGAAAAGGCAUAUGCGCUCCCACACAGGUGAAAGGCCGUAUCCUUGUGAAAUUUGUGGUAAGAAGUUUACACGGCGGGAACAUAUGAAAAGGCACACGUUGGUCCACAGCAAAGACAAAAAGUAUGUCUGCAAAGUCUGCAACCGAGUCUUUAUGUCAGCAGCCAGCGUUGGCAUUAAGCAUGGCUCUAGACGCCACGGAAUAUGUGUGGAUUGUGCAGGUGGAAGUCUAAUGUCUCAGCUAGACCAGGAUGGUGCAGAUGAGUCUCCAGAUGGAAUGUUUUCUGCAGAAAAUCCAUACCCUGAUGAGCAUGGAGAAAUGCAGUAUGUUGAUGAGCAUGUGGAAGGCCAGUACCCCGACGAGCAUGGCGAAGGCCAGUACCCUGACGAGCAUGGCGAAGGCCAUUACCCUGACGAGCAUGGCGAAGGCCAUUACCCUGACGAGCAUGGGGAAGGUCAGUACCCUGACGAGCAUGGGGAAGGUCAGUACCCUGACGAGCAUGGGGAAGGCCAGUACCCUGACGAGCAUGGGGAAGGCCAGUACCCUGACGAUCAUGGUGAAAGUCAGUAUCCCGAGGAUCGUGGAGAAGGCCAGUACCCCGAUGAGAAUGGGGAAAGUCAGUAUCCUGACGAACAUGGGGAAAACCAGUACCCUGAUGAUCAUGAGGACAGAGAAAGGGAGGUUGAUGAAAUGGCAGAUGGUGAGGAGAUGAAGUGGAAGGAUGACGAUGUUAUUCCCCAGGCUGAUAUAGUUAUUGAAGAUGAUAAGGAGGUGAUUGAUUCCCAGCAAGACCAAGAGAAUCAAGGAAUUCCUGUAACAGAUGACAAAGAUUUUGGAUGGAUUUCACAGGAAAUGUAACCUUCUGGGUUACUUACACAUUCUGGAGUGCACCAUAGUUCUUUAGAGUGCUAGCUGUUUCACUAAUGUAAAUGUUAAAUUGUAGUCGGGCAGUUUUACAAGAACAUUAUAUUUACAAAGAAUACUAUUCAGAAAGAUAUUUACACCAGUGAUUUUUCAGGUUCAUUGUCCACUUGUGAAAUUUAGGAUUAGAUGUUAAAAUCUGGGGCAUUUUACCAGUGGUUCUAUACACCUUUCUUUCUUAAAUUUCAUAAUAUUUUUGAAGAAUGUUGGGAAAUUUAGAAAUUUUCAAUCAUUUUGUGAGCAGUUGUUGUCCUUUAAAAUGUUAUCCAGAUCUGGAUCUGGAUUGCCCAAUAUGUAUACAGGAUCCAAAGCAUAUUGCUAAUUGUUGCAAGAUAAUGAAGCAGCCAUUGAGUAACGCAAGUUUUAUCUGUUUGCUUCACAAUUAUCAAUCCAUAAUAGUACAAGUUAUCAUUCCCUCCAGCAGCCCAAAAUACAAAUUGCUGUGAAAAUCCUAUCAUUAUAUGUAUUAGUAGAUUAGACAUCACUGACAAAUUAUGCAUUAAAACAAGAAAGGUGUACAUUCCCAAACAAGAGAUUCUUCACUUUGCAAACCGAUGAGACAUUCCUUCAUUCUGUAACGUCUCUGUGCAAACAAAUUUUACCAUAGAUUUAGUUUUGAGUUAGUGCAUUUUAAGAAGUGUUUCAUAAUGGGCUUGGCUGUGGCGGGUGUGAGUCAUGUGCUGCGUUGUGUUCUUUUAACAUUUCAAUGUCUAUAUUUUUGACCUCGUGGAGAUUAAUUUUUGGCUGUGUCAUGACAUAAAGCUUUCACAAAGUUCAAAGCUGUGCCAGAUCUCUGCUCUUCAGACAAGGAAGUAAGGAGUUAACUUAUUUGUUGCAUUGAUAAAAGGGUAGCACAUGCUUUUUUUAGUUAUAAUAUACACUAAAUACUGAAUAUAUACCAAAUUAUAUGUUUUAAUAGAAUUUACUUUGGAUAUUUUACUGAUGAUUUUUGUUUAUCAUUUAGAAAAUGCAAAAAAACUGGAAUUGUUCAAUAUAUUUCAGAAAAUCAGAUCUUAUCAUGUUUUGGCUUGUUAGUGGUAACAUGUGCAAAUCCUUACUAAAUUAAGCCAUAACUGUGGUUACUUUUUAGAAAUCUAUAUUGUAUUUCCGAUUUCUGCCUUUUACAUUAGGAGUUUUGCCUGAUGAAAGUUUUUAAGAGUGCUGUGUGAGUAUGCUCUCAUAUAUUUAUUUUUUUUUCAACAUGCUUUCAGCUGGAUUUGUUAAAAGUGCUUAAAGCUGUUGAAAUCUCCAGUGCUUGGAAUAUUAUUCUAUAUGAUACUGACUUUGUAAUUAUAAAACCUGUGUUUGUAUUCAAGAUGUGUUUAAUAUUCAGAGUUAGUUAUGAGUAGUGGGAGAAGAUGACUGUGCAUUGUACUGAUCUCUGUAAAUGUAGUAAUUACAUUUUUUAAGUGAUUAUGCUUUCUGUAUCUUAGGCAUGCCGAAGGUCUGCCUAAAGUUCAUGUGCUGGGAAUAGCUUGGAUAUACUCACACUCGAAUCAAUCUUAAAUAAACCGGGAAGUGCUGCCAAAGCAAACCA